AUGGCUUCACAACAGCUGCCUCAGCUUAACAUCGAUCGCUAUGUUGUGAUUCAUGUUGCGACCACCUGCGAUGAGCACGGCGUUUAUGUGACAAAGGACUCGGCAGAGGUUAUUGAGCUUGGCUGGAUCUUGAUGGACGCAAACACCCUUGAGGAGAUUACCCACGAGAGCGUCCUUGUCAAGCCCGUCAACACCCCGAUUACUCCUCUGUGCACGAGCCUGACAACUUUGACUUGGGAACAUGUUCGAAACGCUGGUACCUUUAGAGACGCUAUCACUCGAUUCGAUGCAUUCGCUACCGAGCACUUGACCUCCAAGAACCUUGACUUCGUCUUCGUUACUCUCGAUGCGUGGGACCUCCGCGUUCAGCUUCCUCGUGAAGCUCGCGAUAAGGCUGUUGUCCUUCCUCCUUACUUACAGCACUCGCGCACUUUUGACCUCCGCACCGAGUACCAGCGCUGGCAGCAGCACCACCCCGAGUCUCUGCCAUUCGGACCCUCGAUGCUCUCCAAUAUUUGCGCCGCUCUCGAAGUUGAGCCCGUUCAGUCGAGUGCACCCAUCAAGCACAACCUGCCGUUUCACCUGCAGGCCCUUGCCCCUGCUUCGCCACGACGUGCGAUGGAAGAGGCCAUUACCCUUGCCCGAGUUCUCCGUGGAUUGAUCCGAAAGUCCCAGCCUCCCCAGGAGCACCCGGAUGUUCUGACCCGACCUAUGGAUGCUCGAGCCGAUGUUCGAGCCUUCCUUUCCGAGAGGAGCAAGGUUCUCCACAUGUCUGGUCUCCCCCACGAUACAACCCAGUCCGAACUUGAGAGUUGGUUCACCCAGUUUGGCGGCCGACCCAUUGCCUUCUGGACUCUUCGAACUCCGGAACAGCACAAGCCCACUGGCACUGGAUUCGCCGUAUUCUCUUCCCACGAGGAGGCUGCCGAGAGCCUUUGUAUGAAUGGCCGUGCCCUUAAUGAGAAGGCCAUUGAGGUCUCGCCCUCCUCUAGCCGUGUGCUCGACCGCGCCCAGGACAUCCUGACACCUUUCCCUCCCAGCAAGAACCGUCCCCGACCCGGUGACUGGACCUGCCCUUCUUGCGGCUUCUCCAACUUCCAGCGCCGAACUGCCUGCUUCCGAUGCUCAUUCCCCGCCGUCGGUGCCGGCCCCUCGAACGAUAUGGGAGGCGGCAACAACAACUAUGGAGGUGGAUAUGGUUACGGACCCCCUGCCAUGAUGCCCCCUCCUCCUCAUGGUGGUCACCACGGCCCUAUGGGACACGGCGGUGGACGCAUGGGUGGCAGUGGCGUGGUGCCGUUCCGUGCUGGUGACUGGAAAUGUGGUAACGAAGUUUGUGGCUAUCACAACUUUGCUAAAAAUGUGUGCUGUCUUCGUUGCGGUGCCAGCCGCGCAGGCGCUGCAGUUGUUGCUGAUUCCGGCUAUCCUUCACCUAUGGACAAUGCCUCCCAGUAUGGAAUGAACCAGGGAUCUAUGGGAGGUGGCCCCGGACCAGGACCCUUUGGCUCCGGCAGCUCUUUUGGUGGCUCCGGCGGUGGUUACAACCAGCAGCACUUUGGUGGUCCUCCCAGCCACUACCUUCCCUCCGGUCUUGGAGGCGGUGCUGCGGCCUACCCCAGCUCCUUGAACACACACGGAAGCUUUGGAUCUGGUCCCGCAUCUCACUCUGCUGGUCCCUUCGACAGCCGAGCUGCUGAGGCCGCUUUCCAGUCCGCCACCAACGGACCUGCAUCUGGUGGACCCUCCAACAACUUCUACAACAACAAUGCCAACAACAACGGUGGCAACAACGAGAACGACCCUUUUGCUUUCCUCUCAAGCGGUAUUGGUGGUCUGUCGGUUAGCGGAGGAGACGGACGCCAGAACGGCGGUUCUGCCCCUCCUAACAAGUCUCCUGCUUAA